AUGUAUAUUCUUCCAUUGCUAGUCUCUCUACUGCAAUGCUCUUAUCAGCUAGGAAAGUCUCUUACCCAGGAAAUCCCCACCAAAAGAUUCUACAUGAAUCAAAGGGAUCUGCCUGGGGACUCAAAAAGGAGAAGGCAGGAAUCCAUUCAACUGAAACCUCCACCAGCUGAUUGGCCAUCUCCUACCCUUGGAGCAGCUGACUUCCUCUACGAUUUGCAGGAAGUGACGUCAUUCUCUCCUCUACAGGCCUACCAACACAAACUGCAAGAGGAGUAUCUGAAAAAUCUUGAAGAACAAUCGCAUAAAAAGCCUAUACAAAACCAACCAAUCAAAGAGGAGGAGUCUGUAUGGUCAUCUUCUGAUGAAGACUUCAAAAAGUUAUUGGAUCCAAACGAGUUAUUGAAGCUAAAUAAAAAGCUUGCACCAAUAUUGACGAAACAAAAUAAAAUAGGCUCCACUUUUAAGAAAAUACUCAACGAAAAGAAGAAAACUAUCGGGACAGGAACGACACCGAGUAGUAAACUGAAUAAAAUAACCUCGACAAUCUCAAGUCAUCUGAAGAAAAAUGAACAUGAGGCAAAGACUACUGACAACCUAAACACUUCCUUGGAACACAAAAAGACAAGAAUAAAAAAGCGGUUGAAGCGAAAGAAACUCGCCGAAAGUAAAACUGGGGACAAAGUGAAAUCUAGACGGAGGAAAGCGAAAUCAAGAAAGUUUGCGUUUGAUGUACACGGAUCAGGCGAACAUAUCAGCAAAGCGUCUAAGGAGGAUGUAUUGAAAUUGAAAAGAGUGACAGCUUCAGUCGAACUAAAAAAGAAAAGUUCUUCUUCAAGUGAAUCAUCUUCGUCUUCGAGUUCCAAUGAGGAGAUCCAUUCGUCUUCAAUUCACGAACACACAACUGAAGAAAACAAUACCACGUCUUCAAGUCUGAAAACAACAACAGAAAAAUAUAUUAACACAAGACCUACAGUUCACGAACAUAUAACUAGUAUUCCUGCUCAAACUGAAAAGUCUUCACUGAAAGAAAUUUCGAGUUCAACUGAAUCAAUGAUGAUGACAGAUAAAAGUACAGUCUCUGCAAGAAAAAUGGAGCUACGGGAGAAACGAAGACAAAUAAAAAUGGAAAUGAAAAAGGUUUUAAAGGAGGAAGAUCUUGAAGGUUCUUUUGGUGACAGGGAUUCUGAAUGGACCACCUCCGAGCCGAGCAAACUUCCAAUUCACAAAGUUACUCCAAAGCAGGCGUUAUUUGGAAUUCUAAAACAUAAAAUACUGAGAUUCGUUGACAACCUUAUAAGAUCGUCAAACAAAGAAAUCUUGUGGAGAAAUUAACUUCUAGUGGAGAAGAUAGAAUAAUCCAAGGAAUCAUUAUGGCUGUGUAGGUAUGAUCUUGGCCACCAUGAAGUAUACUGUACUAAUUAGCAAGAGAAAUUCCAAUUUUAAUUAUAUUCACAAACCUCAUUUGGUGCUGAAAUGAACAGGUAUCAAUACAAUUUUAAAAACUAAUAUACUAACAUACUACCACGUAAUUAAAAAAAAACAAGUAAAUUAAUUUUACUAGACAUAUUUUGGUGAGAGAGUACAUGCAAAUUGGUUAACAGAACGACUCAAAAAUUCUAUCUUUUAUAUAUUUAUACUCAAAUAAAAAUAUUUUUUAUAUC